AUGGCUAUUGAUGGCCCAUGGUCGAAAAUCAUCGGAUUCUUCGAUCUCGGGAAGCAAACAGUUCGAGAUGCCUUGUCGCAACACGUAGCAGACGCACAUGAGUCUAUCUGUAUCGGAUCCAUCGAACACGACACCAAAAACCCCUUUCUCAACAUCGACCUCCUCCUCAAGACCGCCCUAGAAGCCCACGCCGAUGCCGUCCAUCCCGGUUAUGGAUACCUGAGCGAGAAUGCCGACUUUGCGGACCGUGUUCGCGCCAUGGGGUUGACCUUCGUAGGGCCAACUGGUCAGACAAUCUCGACACUAGGCGACAAGCGGACCUCCAAAGAAUAUUUGAGAACCCACGCACCGGAAGUGCCCCUGAUUCCAGGAUUCUCCAGGUCCAGCCAGAAUGUGGAAGAUCUCCAAGAUGCGGCGACACGCAUCGGCUUCCCUGUCAUGCUCAAGGCUUCUGCUGGAGGCGGUGGCAAAGGUAUGCGAGUAGUCCGUGAAGCUUCUCAGCUCCAGUCGGAACUGGACCGCGCACAGUCGGAAGCCCAGAGAUCUUUUGGUUCUAGCGACUGCAUUCUGGAAAAGUUCAUCGAGAGCAGCAAGCACGUCGAGAUUCAGAUUGUUGGAGACCAGCAUGGCAACGUCGUGUCUCUGUUUGAACGCGACUGUUCCGUCCAGCGUCGCAAUCAGAAAGUCGUUGAAGAAACGCCGUGUUUGUUUCUCGACGAACAGACUAAGAAAAGCAUGAGUGACACGGCCGUCAAAAUCGGGAAGCUUCUAGGAUACGAAGGAGCAGGGACCGUGGAGUUUGUCGUCGACACGGCCACCAAAAAGUUCUUUUUCUUGGAAGUCAACACUCGCCUUCAAGUCGAACACCCCAUCACAGAGGAAGUUGUCGGCGUUGAUCUCGUGUCAUUGCAGCUCUACGUCGCGGCUGGCGGGCGUCUUGCCGAUACUUUGCGCGGAGGACCCCAAUCGGGACUUCAUGCCAAGUCAUGA